CUGUCCAGACGUUAUUUUGGAUGCCGCGUUUAAAGAAAACCCAAGAAGCGACCCAGAUGGCUGUCCAGCGAAAGAAACUUGUGGUUGUCGGGGAUGGUGCGUGUGGGAAAACGUGUCUACUGUUCGUUUUCAGCAAGGACGAGUUUCCCGAGGUCUACGUCCCGACUGUGUUUGAAACCUACGUGGCCGACAUAGAGGUUGACAACCAGCAGGUCCAGCUGGCUCUGUGGGACACGGCCGGACAGGAGGACUACGACCGACUGCGCCCACUCUCCUACCCGGACACUGAUGUCAUCCUCAUGUGCUACUCCGUGGACAGCCCGGACUCGUUGGGGAACAUCUCCGAAAAGUGGGUCCCCGAGGUCAAGCACUUUUGUCCGAACGUGCCAAUCAUUUUGGUGGCCAACAAGAAAGAUCUGCGCAACGACGAGAACACGAAGAACGAACUCUCCCGAAUGAAACUAGAGCCCGUCAAGGCGGAGGACGGUCGUGCGAUGGCCAUGCGCAUCGGCGCGUACGACUACUUGGAGUGCUCCGCCAGGACCAAAGAGGGCAUCUGGGAGGUGUUCGAGACCGCAACACGGGCUACCCUCCAGAAACGCUCCACACCGGGGGAUUGUUUCAAAUGCUGUGUGAUGCUGUGAGUCAGCUGUGGAUUACAAGGACUGGAGGACCUUUGCAGCAUACAAGACGUUUCCUUCCGCUGGGGGUCUGUGUUUGGACAUGUUGUCAGCCGAACCAAAACAAGUGACUGCAAACACAUUGUUCAGAGCACGCUUGCAUGUGGGUGUUGGUGUGUAAUGCACUGGUUUGAGCAUCUUCGUCCUGGGUCACAUGAUCCUCAUCUGUUCGAAAAGCAACAAACCAACCAAUUGUUUCAUUAUAUUUGGAGAAGUUUAUCCUCUGCUCACUGAGUUUGGCCUUACCUGAGACUGGCUUGCAAGCCAAGACCUUUACUGAUCUAUUUUUGUGUUUUGUGUUUCAAAGUAUUAUUAUUUUUUUUUUUACAUUAACUGUUUCACCGAAACUCUGCACUCUAAUUUAUGUUUGAACUGUGUUGCAACAUAUCUGUCCAGUUUGUGAAAUUGCACUUCACCGUAAUCAUUAUAAUUCAAAGGAAUUAAUAUGGUAUUCUGUAUAGUGUUUUUAGUUUAGUUUUUAUGUUGGUUUGGGUUUCCCCUCCGCCCCCAACUAAAAUCUGUGUUUUUGAUAUACAGAGUUGCCCAGGGUGACUAUAUGACAGUGUGGGUGAGGCACACAAGCACCAGAAAAAAGCCUUGAACAAGU